CGCUAUAAGUAAGACGCUAUGUCAGAGACGAACAGGGUCCAUUUUAAAAGUCCUGUUGAAGAUGAUACGCGUAGAACGUUUAGUUCUCUCUCUCCUAACAGUCUUAUCAGUGGUGAUGGGAGAUACCAUUGGCUACCUGGGAGAGUCUGUCACCUUAUCCUCUGGAGCCAAUCCAUCCUGGCACAUCACCAAGAUAACGUGGUCCAUAUACAACAACGACACCUGGAUCGCAACAUUCAGGAGCAGAAAUAGCAACACAGAAUGGUUCGGGAAGUUUAAGAGUCGACUGAGUCUCAACACCUCGUCUGGUGACUUGGAGAUCAGAGAUGUUCAGAGAGGGGAUGAACUGGUUUACUCUGUUCUCCUCACACACAGUCAGGGGGAGCAGCAGAUCAGUAAGGUACCGCUCACUGUGACAGAGCGUCUCGUUGAGCCUAGUGUUCAAAAGGUCUUCAGCGUUCUGAAGGACGGACACUGUGUGAUGGCUCUUCAGUGCUCCUCUUCGGUGAAGGACACCAGAUUUUCUUGGGAGCCAGAAGCUUCGUUUGACGGCUCCUUCUGGAGGGGGGGUCCCAAUGCCAACGUCUCUGUUGUCUGGGCGUCUUACAGCCCCAACAGAAAUGUCAUCUUCAUCUGUACUGCCAGCAACGGGCUCACUAACGCCUCUAAGGUUGUGAGGGAGAUAUGCCAAGAUGAACAGUCAAAGCCUGACGUGGUGGUGGAGGGGGAGAACCGCGUCCCCGGGAUCAUAAAAUUGCUCUUAGGAUUUCUGUUCGGAUGUCUUUUAACAUAUAUUUUCAGAGAGUCCCUCACAUGCCUAUCAAUCAGGUUCAACAAGAGUCGAAGCAUCAACAAGUUGUGUCCUACACUUUCGGGAGUUGAAAAAAACUCCAGCCUACCUAUAGAGAGGAGUUGAACAUCGUAGCCGUCAAACCAAAACUCCAGCCUACCUAUAGAGAGGAGUUGAACAUCGUAGCCGUCAAACCAAAACUCCAGCCUACCUAUAGAGAGGAGCUGAACAUCGGAGCUGUCAAAACAAAACUCCAGCCAACCUAUAGAGAGGAGUUGAACAUCGUAGCCGUCAAACCAAAACUCCAGCCUACCUAUAGAGAGGAGUUGAACAUCGUAGCCGUCAAACCAAAACUCCAGCCUACCUAUAGAGAGGAGCUGAACAUCGGAGCUGUCAAACCAAAACUCCAGCCAACCUAUAGAGAGGAGUUGAACAUCGUAGCCGACAAACCACAACUCCAGCCUACCUAUAGAGAGGAGCUGAACAUAGGAGCUGUCAAACCAAAACUCCAGCCUACCUAUAGAGAGGAGCUGAACAUAGGAGCUGUCAAACCAAAACUCCAGCCAACCUAUAGAGAGGAGCUGAACAUAGGAGCUGUCAAACCAAAACUCCAGCCAACCUAUAGAGAGGAGCUGAACAUCGGAGCUGUCAAACCAAAACUCCAGCCAACCUAUAGAGAGGAGCUGAACAUAGGAGCUGUCAAACCAAAACUCCAGCCAACCUAUAGAGAGGAGCUGAACAUAGGAGCUGUCAAACCAAAACUCCAGCCAACCUAUAGAGAGGAGCUGAACAUAGGAGCUGUCAAACCAAAACUCCAGCCUCUGUCACAUGAUCUCAGUAUAUGCAACUUUUCAGGAAAGUUAGGAACCAAUAUGCACAGGCAGGAAAGCAAAGGCUAGCUUUUUCAGACUUUUUUUUGCAUCCUGUAGCAUAAACUCCAAAAUGU